AUUAAGAUAAACCACACUCUCCCCUUCCCGUUUUCUUUCUUUUCUUUUUUUUCUUGUGGGAGGUUGAUAUCUGCUCUCCUAAUAGCUGGGCUUCCCAGAACAGUGGACCUCAGUGUCGGCUUUUGGUGCUAGAUUCGGAUCAUGGGGAUCAAAGCGGCACUGCCCAAGAGCGAGCUCUACCUCUACACAGCCGUCCUCGGCUUGGCUUUUCUGUGGGCUGGUAGUUGGAUCAUUGAAGCAUCCAGUGAGAAUGUAAACAGAAGGAGCUUUAAACAGAGUGUGAAACCAGGAUGGCACUACUUUGGCAGGAAAAUGGAUGUGGCUGAUUUUGAGUGGGCGAUGUGGUUCACCACCUUCCGCAACCACAUUCUCUUUGCCCUCUCUGGUCAUGUCAUCUUCGCCAAAAUCUGCUCCAUGAUUUCUCCCAAGCACAGGUCUCUGAUCUACAUGCUGUAUGGCUGCAUGACCGUGCUCAUCAUCAUGGGCUGGACGUACGUCUCUCUUAUCCUGUCCCACUGCAUCCUGCUCUACAGCGUGGCCCUCUUAAAGAAAAAGUGGAUGUGCUUCCUGGCUGGACUCACCAGCCUGGCCACUUUUAAGAUGGAGCCGUUCAGCACAUGGCAGGCUGGCUUUGUGACCGGCACCUUUGACCUCCAGGACAUUCUGUUCUAUGGAGGCUGUGGUUUCUCCAUGAUGCGCUGUAUGAGUUUCGCCUUGGAGAACUGUGAGAAAAAGGAUGGCCACUACAGCUUCAUGGAUUUAGUCAAGUACAACUUCUACCUCCCUUUCUUUUUCUUCGGACCUGUUAUGACUUUCGAUCGAUUCCACGAGCAGGCCAACAACCCCAGCUUGAUACGUAAAGACAGAGAAAUGUGGAACAUCACCAUCCAUGCUUUGGUGCAUCUUGGAGCCAUCCUGGUGGUGGACGUGUUCUUCCAUUUCCUGUACAUCUUGACGAUCCCAAAUGACAUGAAGAUGGUGAAAGAUCUGUCGGACUGGGCCUUAGCUGGACUGGCGUACUCAAACCUGGUGUAUGACUGGGUUAAAGCAGCGGUCAUGUUUGGUGUUAUCAACACAGUAUCUCGACUAGACCACCUAGACCCUCCCCAGCCUCCUAAAUGUAUCACCAUGCUGUAUGUCUUUGCUGAAACGCACUUUGACAGAGGAAUCAAUGACUGGCUAUGCAAGUACGUUUAUGACUACAUUGGAGGUGAUCACACUGGCAUCUUCAAGGAGCUGAUUGCUACAAUCAGUACAUUUGCCAUCACGACUCUGUGGCUCGGACCCUGUGAGCUGGUGUACAUUUGGUCUUUUUUUAACUGCUUCGGCCUGAACUUUGAGCUGUGGGUGGCUAAGCUCUUUUCAAUUCCUCCUCUGUCCACUAUUGAGGGUGUUAUGUCCGAGGCGACGUCACGCCGUAUCAGGGGACUAUUCAAUGCCGUGAACUUCUGGCAGAUCAUCCUCUAUAACGUCCUGGCACUAAAUAGUUUGGAUUUCGCAAAGCUGGUGGCCAAGAGACUGUUGUUUAAGGGUUUCCCCUUAUCGACCUUCUCCGUGCUGAUAGUGACCUACUGCGGUAUACAGCUGAUAAAGGAACGCGAGAGAAAACAGGCUCUGCUGGAGGAACCAGAGUCGAGCAAACCCAAAACCGAUUAAACUGUCCGAGAGCAGAGAGUCCGAGCAGCCAUACCAAAGCGGGCAGCGGCAGUCACCAUGGCCACAGCUCAGCAUGGGCCUGUUUGUUAAGCACAAGCCGUCCUUUACUGUGAAUAGUCCUCAAGUGCACUUGCUGUAUAAAUUUCACCUGUCCUUCAUGAGAGACUCUCUCAUUCAUAAACCAAGUGCAUUUUUAUAUUUUAAUGGUGUCUUUUAAAUUAUGGAUUACGUGGAGAAUGGGCAUGCCAAAUAUUUUAUGCAAAUCUAAUAUAUUAAAGGAUUAAAGACAUGAAUGCUUUUA